ACGUGUCACGCGCUCAGGUGUGCGCGUCUCUGGACAGUAAACAUGGCCGACAGCAGCCGCCGGAUACUGAACGGCAGCCGUUUGCUCGGUUUUAUCCCGUUUCUCCUCGUCGCCUCAUCGUUGAAUGGAGCUACCGCCGCUCCAGAGAUGGGCCUGUGGACUGCCACAGUGCUUAACACGUCAAGACCUUUAAUGUUGAGAAAAGCCGUGUAUAAGGACACGGACGUUCAACUGAGAGUGACGUCAUUUGGUUGUCCGGAGGAAGUGACGUUCUCCAUUCAGUGGUUUCUGAAAUACUACCCCUGUCACAAUGAGUACAACAAUAUCGAGGAGAUGUAUGAUAAGACGCCACUGAGUCAAGGAAAGAGCCUGGACCCGAACCCUCUCGGACCCGGGGAGUAUAUUCAGCACAGAUACAGGGAGUUAUCCUGCCGCAGCGACAUGCACAUGUUCCCUAUGUUCAAUAAAUCAAAAGCAGAACCAAAAGCUGUGAACCCGGCUCGAUUGGAAGGCGAGUUACAGGAUGGGAGUUUCGCAAGUUCUUCUGUGGCUGAGGCUGGUUCUUCCAGAACAACGGAACAUGUGAUCGCUACGACCUGGAAGGACGGGCCCUACCUGCUGGUAGUGCAGAUCAACUCAAGCAAACAGGAUGCCAACUGGAAUUUAACCUUCAGUGUUGUGAUGAAGGGAACACAUGGCUAUCUGUCUGUCACCGAAUGGCCUCUCAUGAUCUUUUACAUGGUGAUGUGUGUUGUGUACAUCCUGUAUGCUCUGCUGUGGUUCGUCUGGGCAUCCUGCUACUGGAAAGACCUGCUGAGGAUCCAGUUCUGGAUUGCAGGAGUCAUAUUCUUGGGCAUGAUAGAGAAGGCCGUCUUCUGUGCUGAGUAUCAGAACACUAACAACGUGGGCUCAGCGUCUCAGGGUCUGCUGAUCUUUGCCGAGCUCAUCUCCGCUCUGAAGAGGACUCUGGCCCGUUUGCUCGUCAUCAUCGUCAGUCUGGGCUACGGCAUCGUCAAGCCGCGUUUGGGCACCGUCAUGCACCGAGUGGUGGGUCUGGGUGUGCUUUACUUCGCUUUUGCUGCCAUUGAGGGCAUCCUGAGGAUCACCGGGGCUAAAGACUCUGACCUGGCCCUGCUAGCCAACAUUCCCCUGGCUCUGCUUGACUCCUCUCUGUGUUGGUGGAUAUUUGUGAGUCUGGCACAAACCAUUAAGACUCUGAAACUCAGAAGAAACCCGGUGAAGCUGUCUUUGUACAGACACUUCACAAACACGCUCAUCUUCGCUGUUCUCGCCUCCAUUAUUUUCAUGGUUUGGACGACGAAGAAGUUCCGGUUAGCGGACUGCCAGGCGGACUGGAUGGAGUUGUGGGUGGACGACGCUUUCUGGAGGUUCCUCUUUUCCAUCAUACUGCUGGUCAUCAUGUUUCUGUGGAGGCCGUCUGCCAACAACCAAAGGUAUGCGUUCACGCCGCUUAUCGAUGACUCGGACGACGAGGAGAUCGAAGAGUUCCUGGUGUCUGCCAACAUCGCCGAUGGGAUAAAGCUGAGGGCAGCUAAGACGGAAACCAAUGGAACGGUGAAGCCUGCAGCAGCCAAUCCGGAUGAAGAUUUGAAGUGGGUUGAGGAGAAUAUUCCUACCUCUCUGUCUGAUGUAGCUCUUCCUGUUCUUCUCGACUCGGAUGAGGAGAUCAUGACCACCAAGUACGAGAUGUCUAAGAUGGAGUGAGGUUGAGAAAGCGCUGCAGCCGAAGCAGACCUCCAGCGAUCGACCGAACCUCCAGAGACCCUCCAGAGAGUCACAGACACUCGAGACUGUUUCCUUCCUUUGGUCCGGAUGGUCGGCGGCUUUUGGGUAAAUUGAAGGAAUCGCGCUGAAGAGGUGGACGCAUCCUAGCUGAUCUAGACGCAGUACUACCUGAACUUCGAGGUGUUACCUCGCUUUUUUUUUUUUUUGAACGGACUUUAACGUCAUCAUCGAUCUGUAUAAAGAGACGACGGUCUGUGUUUAUAAACUUUUGUGAUGACAAACCUGUCAAAAUUGUGAGCGAGUAUUGAAAUGGGUGAAACCAUUCUUAGCGCUGGCUUUUGUUUUUGUGUGUGUGUGUGUGUGUGUGUGUGUGUGUGUGUGUGUGUGUGUGUGUGUGUGUGUGUGUGUCACUCCAUCCUGGAAAAACUUCAAGUUGACCAAAGCGUCUUCUCCAUUUCAUCCAGUUAGUCUUUGGCUGUACAUAAAGUGUUAUUUCAGACAUUCAGACUAAGUAGAAUGUCUGUCGGUGUGUACCAAUUGUUUGUGACUUGUGCAGGGAGUAAUUUAAAUGGGCAGAAUAAUUAAUUAUAUAUUCAGAAUCAUUUUAGGAGGCUGUUUUGUCUUGAGGAGAGCCCAGCUUAGCCCUUCUCACGUUAAAAGGAGGAUUUAUUUAGCCACCCCCGCAUCUCCUCAGUGCGCUGUGUAUGCGGUUAUUUAUGGAGGACCGUUUUGGCCACAAGAGUGAAAGAAAAAUAAAUGGAAAAAAAAAGAUAAUUGCUUUUUUUUAUUUUAGAAUUCAGCUUUUUUCUCACGCUUCUGAGACUUGAUUUUAUGAGACAACCGAGCGAUUUCUGGUUUAUGUCUCUAAAUUCUACAAUUUUUAAUUUGCAGUCAUGUUUUGUGGGGGAAAAAACAAACGUAAUAGCGACAUUUAUCUCACAAUGCUUACUUUUCCCUUUCAGUUGUAGUUUACACUCAUUUUUCUUCUCAUAAAUGCAAGUUUAUGCCUUGUAAUUCUGCUGAAGAAGUCAGAACUGUGAGAUGUGAAGUGUUUGAUAAAUUAACAAUAACUUUUUUUUUUUUUUUUUUUAAUCAUGGCAGUAACAGAACGCAAAAAGAGAAAAUGUAAAGAUUUAAAGCAGUGCAUACAACUUAUGCACAGCUUUAAUCUUUGCAUUUUCUCUUAAUUCCAAGUCUUCUGAAGUAAUAUGACUACUUGUGAGGAAAAGAGACCAUUUGACCCCUCCGCUGGCCAAACGCUUCACCUCUGGCAUCAUGAAAUCUGGAGGUUUUUGUGAACGAGGUUUGAUGAAAUCGAAUGAAGUUUUGGUCCAUUUCUUACAGAAAACUACUGCGCGAGUUGAAAUGUAGCACAUUUUACGAUGCGUUUUUUUUGGAGCUUGAAUUUUAAUUGUAUGCAAAGACGUAGCACGAAGACUUUUCGAUUUUCAUUUGAAGAAAUAUAGUUGGGUUUGAAACAACGUUAGAGUGUCUUUAUUUUUUUGCGUGAGAUCUUCCUUUUUAAAUGCAUUUGUAUUUCUUUUUUGAGGCAAAGUGUAUGUGUCUUGAAUCACUGUGUAGAUGCAUAUACUCGAGCUGAAGCCUUAACUCACUUCUGUUUUUUUCCUCAUCAAAUCAUUCUGUCCUGGUCAUGGUUGGACACUGUCUGCUUAACAGAGCGAUCCGUGCUUCAGAAAGCUCUUUUCUUUUAUGCGUCCUUGAGACAAAACAAAAUCCUUCGUCAGAUAACUUGAGAUCUGUGUAUAUUAUAAAGCGCACUUUACGUGAAUGUUAUUUCUUUUGGUUAUAGGAUGGAGCUUAAUGCUGACCGUGUCGUUCUGUUUCGUUUCUUCAAUAAAAAUGGUUUUCUUUGCCUUUCCGUUGGCCUCCUCAAAUGUGAGUUCAUACUGUGAGUUCAAAAAGCACACUUGAUGCCCUGUAGAGCUCAGGUCUGGUCUGUUUUCGGUCUACAUGCAUGUUUAUCCAUGUUUCAUACAUGUUCAGCAAUGUGGGUUGCAAUAAAAGACUCUUUAUUAGUCCA